AUGCAGCCCUUGAUUAUUCUAUGCCUCGUACUUGGCUGGUUGGGAUCCCAAGUACUGGCUGCUAAUGUUCUACGCAUCUUUGAGAGGCCCUUUUUCCAUGGGCAUCGUGCCUCUGUGUCGAAGGAUCAGUGCAAGGAUCUCAGCGAGUUCACAUUGGGCGUUCAGUCGCUGAAGCUGCCGGAUGAGGAAGGAAUCGCAUGCUAUUUCUACGGCGAGCCUGGAUGCUCUGGUGCGCCCUAUCGAGCAUACUCCACAAGUCGACAGGACAUACAGGAAUAUGCCGGCUCUCUAUUGUGCGUCACUUCAACAUAG